GACUGCUUUGGUCUGAUCGACUCUUUCUUCGCUCCUUCACUCAGCCUGUCAGAUCCAGCAUGGCAGCCUCCAUGGCUCCACGUGAGAUGUUCAAGGAGGGAGUGCGCGCGGUUCUGCACACAUGGCCGGUUCUACAGAUCGCGGUGGAUAACGGGUUCGGAGGCAUGUACGGGCAGCAGAAAGCCGACUGGAUGGUGGACGCGGUCCAGCAGUACUUCCAUGACAACGCUGAUCUGGAUCAGUGUGAGGUGGAGGACUUCCUCUCUGAGCUGAUGGACCAGGAGUUUGAUACAGUGGUGGAUGAUGGAAGUUUACCUCAGGUGUCCCUCCGCCUGGUGCAGAUGUUCUCUCAGUACCAGCAGGGGGCGCUGCAGCAGCUGGGACACACCAUCAGCACUCUGACACAGAACAGGAACCAGAGGGCAAAGGUCACUGCUCCGGCAGCUCAGUCUGAUGAGGAGAGCGAUGGCGAGGAGACGCAGGUGAUGGAGUGUGAAUCUUCGGCUCCUUCAGGCAGCAGAACAGACCCCCCUCCUCCUCCUCCUCCUCCUCAGGAGGAAGACGACGGCUGGACGGUGGUGAGGAAGAAGAAGUGAGGAAGAGGAAUCACUCACAGACUAAUGAGACUUUUUUAAAAAGGGGGCGGGGCUCCACCUGCUAACCGGCUCCUGACUGGCUGCUGUAGUGAGCCGCUGGAGACGUUCAGGAUGGAAAACAUGGACGAUUCACUCUGUAGAUAUUUUGUAUUAAACUUCUUAAAACACUGUU